GUUCGCUCGUUCGUUUGUUUAUUUAUUUACUAUCAACCCAUCCGUCUGUCCGUUAGCACGUUUGUUCUCUCAUUAACUUGCUACCUUUCUAAUCUCUAAGAGAAAUGGAUAAAGUAUUGAGGACCUCUUUACCGUCGAUUGAGUAUUAUUUUCUGCGUUUGCCUCUUUAUCAGCCAUUUUAUCAAGAAAGUGUCGAGAAGAAGAACAAAUAUCUUUUCACCAAAUCAGGAUCCCACAGGAGGAAUGUUUUAAAGCUGCAAGUUUUCUUUGAGGAACUUGACGUUGAAUUCAUUUCAGAACAGCGUUCCUAUGAACUUGUGGCCUUUGUGUCCGACAUUGGCGGUCAACUGGGACUGUGGAUUGGGUUCUCUGUACUGACUAUAGCCGAAUUCUUUGAACUUAUCUUACUGCUGUGUCAUUUGGCCGUCAAAAAAUGCACAGUCAAGAAAACAUCAGCCCAGAGUAACCAGCAAUGAGAUAGGACAAGAGAAGAAACUUCCCUGAACCACAUAACCAUGCACUUGCGAAACCUAACCUUCCAUUAGUAUGGACUUAAAUAAUAAACUCCAUAAGAAUUCAUAAGAAUUCAUGACAUAGUCUUCUGUAGAAAAGAAAAAAGCUUUUCGAGUUAAUGCAAAAAGAACAGUUGAGGUACGAAUGUGAUUAAAGUACUUUAGGUCACCAAUAACUAUUAAUUGAUCGACGUUCAUUGUGAACGCCAUAUAAGCAAAGUCUGAUAAGAGAAAGUGAACUGCCUAUCAGUUAUGCACUUUAAAUUUGAGAACCAGGAGAGAACAGGCCUGGGAAACAAGACGUAACAAUUAAUCGAUCGACCUGUGAUGGAGUAUUACAUGAAAAAGAGUAACCAAAAAAAGCUUUGCAGAAGUGUGAAUAAA